UGCGACUGUAAGUGUACGCUCUUGGCAGUGCGUAUUAAGUAUCCGUGCUAGGCAAAAGUGAGUGGGCAGCAAUGACAACAAUGUCGCGCGAGUGGCCGAGCGUCGUUGUUGCACGAAGGAACGAGGCGCUCAAACAUUUCACGUUCGACGAUCCCGAAUCUGUGCCCGUCACUGAAAAAAGUGACGUCUACGGCGCAGACCAACAUCAGCUGGAGUAUGCCACUUGUGCACAAUGUCUGUCGCCGCGUCUGCUUGGUUGUGCACACUACUGGCCUAUAGCGCUUCGAAUUCCAGUUGUAGAUUUCCUUUAUUUGUCAAUGGGUUUCCCGUCGGACUCUACUCUCAAUGGAGUUCGCUUGAGCAACUCUUUAACUAUUAUGCAAUUCAUCGAUCGACUCGCAUUCUCCGACCGAGAGUAAUAACAAUAGUUUGUUAAUUAACGCGUUCAUACUUGUUAUCAUUGUCGCGCUCGAGUACUCGCAACUGAUUGAAAACAUUUGUUUUCGUACACUUGUUUGUUUUCUAGUCGCGGCGCAUGUAAUCAACAAAUCACUGGCACGCUUGCUUUGCUCGCUCAUUUAAAAUACCUGUCUCGUAAGACGCACAAUCAAAAUUCAAACUCUGUUAUCGGUCAACCGAGUGACAAAGUGCUACGAGCAUGAAAUGCGCAAAUUGGCGCCGCGUAUUAAGCAACAUGUUUUCACAGAGGACGGGAACCCUAUACGCGUUAGAGGAUUUGAAGCCAUCGUCAACGAUAAUCGUCACCGGCUACAUACCCAUCGACGCAACAAGGUUCUCGGUCAACCUGACCUGCAGGAAUCCGCAAAACGUGGCGCUCCACUUCAAUCCCCGGCUGGACCGAGGCUACGUGGUGCGCAACUCCAAGCUGAAGGGAUGCUGGCAAGAGGAGGAGACCUGCUCGCCGCUCGCCUCGCGCGGCUAUAUCUUCCGCCGUGGCCGCUUCUUCCAGCUGACCAUAUUCUGCACGCAGAACGAGUUUCAGGUGGCCAUCGACGGCGAGCACUUCUGCGCGUUCGCCUAUCGGCUCCCGCUCGAGGACGUCGCCGGAUUCGAACUCAACGACCACGUGGAACAGGCCAAGGUCCGGCAAGACAGCGCCGACGUGUACCCCGAGCCGCGGGCCGGCCAGCCAGACCGAGCGCUCCGCCUGGUCGACGGCGCGGCCCUGAACUCGAACCUGGAGCUGCCCGCGCUCGUUGACUUGCCCAACGGCCUCGGCAUCGGGGCUCGGCUGACCAUCAAGGGCAGACUGAAGCUGCUGCCGCACUCGUUUUACGUGAACCUGCAGAGGGGCAAGACGAUCUAUCCGCAUCCGGAGAUCGCGUUGCACCUCAAUCCCCGCUACCACUACGGCAACGCACCCUCCUGCUUGGUGAUGAACUGCUGGAGCGACGGCAGCUGGCAGAAGGAGGAGCGCCACCACGGCCAGUCCUGGACCCCCGGCCGCGAGUUCCUCUUGACGGUCCGCUGUGAGCAUGAGGCCUACGUGAUCUGGCUCAACGACAGGAUGAUCGCCGAGUUUAGACACAGGCUGCAGCCGUCGCUCGUCGACACCGUGCACGUCGCCGGCGACCUCGUCCUCUACGAAAUGCUCGUGUCGUACUAGUCGCCUC